GGCUAAAGCCAGCGAGGUUUUUUUUUUAACCCCCUGGAGAGAAUCUGAAACACAACAAAACAAUGAAUGAAUAAAUAGUAAUUGUAAUCGGUCAAUGCUAACAUAUGUGAGUUUUGUGGCCAAGGGUCUGCACCAAAUUCUCAAAAUCUACAAUAAAAAAGGAAUGGCAGGUUGUCAGCAUUGAUUUUUAGUGACCGAACCAUUUAAUACAACUUGGAAUUACUGCAUCAGAUUGAGAAAGUAUGGAUUCCUCUCCUCGUUCUUCAUUCACUGGAAAAGUAAAACAGACACCAUGGUGGAUGAAAAGCCUCACUGGGUGGUCUUAUGUAAUUUAUGAGAUGUUAUUCCAAAAGAUGCAAGCAAGGCAUCUGAAAAAUCCAUUGCCUUUACCUCCGCUCCAUGAUGUUACAUGUAUUAUAACUGGAUCCACGAGUGGCAUUGGACUUGAAACUGCCAGGCAAUUGGCUGUGUCUGGGGCACAUGUUGUUAUGGCUGUACGAAACCAAUCUGCAGCCUUUGAUUUGAUCAUGAAGUGGCAGGAUGAACGACAUGGAACAAGCCUGCUCAGUGUUGAGGUGAUGGAGCUGAAUCUUCUCUCCCUCACUUCUGUUGUGAGAUUUGCUAGGGCGUGGAACUCGCGCUCAAAACCUUUGCAAGUUCUUAUCAAUAAUGCUGGAAUCUUUUCUAUGGGAGAGCCGCAGAAGUUCUCAAAAGAUGGGUACGAAACACACCAGCAAGUAAAUUUUUUGGCUCCUGCAUUGCUUUCUAUACUGCUUUUGCCAUCUCUCGUUAAGGGCUCUCCCAGCCGAAUUAUUAACGUGAACUCCAUUAUGCAUUAUAUGGGCUUUGUCGACACAGAUGACAUGAAUUUUACUUUGAGGAAAGAGAAAUUCAAUAGUACAAAGGCAUAUUCAAGUAGCAAGCUUGCACAGGUCAUGUUCAACAGUGUCUUACAGAAACGCCUGCCUCCUGAAGCUGGCAUUAAUGUGUUAUGUGUAUCUCCUGGAACUGUUCACACAAAUGUAACAAGGGACCUUCCAAAAUUGGUGCAAGUUGCUUAUAAUUUUAUACCAUUGUUUCUCUUUAGUGCCCAAGAAGGUUCAAGAAGUGCACUUUAUGCAGCUACUGCUCCUGAAAUUCCUGAAUACUGUAAGGCACUGAAGGCUGAUGAAUGGCCCACUUGUGCUUAUAUCUCACAUGAUUGUCGUCCCACACGUGCUGCCAACGAAGCACAUAACACAAGAGCUGCUAAUGAAGUAUGGGAAAAGACAUUGGAUAUGAUUGGCCUUCCUCUUGAUGCUGUAGAGAAGUUGCUCCAAGGGGAAGAAGUCAUGUGCAAGUACAAGGAUAGCUGAAAUAUGUCUUCUGCUUUGUCUUGUGAUUGGUUCCUGAAUGAACUGGCAUGGUUUCAAACGUUAUUGUCUCUCCACGCGCAACUUGAUCACUAGGUGGUGUAUCUCAUCAAGAGGUUAACCCAUCCCCCAUCAUUUCACACGCUUUUUCACGACAAAGACAUUGUCAUACUUCAUUAUAUUGGACUCCUCAAUCAACCAUUUCCAUGAUGUAAUGCAAUCCUACUAACGUGGCACGCUAUUAUUCUGAUGUUCAUCUGGAAAAGAAAAGGAUAAGGGAUCGGUGCCUGUUGAUGGAAAACUCUUGCCCUCAACACCACUUUCGAAGUCUCUGGCGUGUGGACCAAAAUCUUAUCUUGUUUCUUUCUUCUGUAAAUCCUGGGCUGGCCAUCAUUUGUUGCCCGCCUUAUCUUAAAUCCUGGACUGUCAUUUCUGGGGAGUAAAUGACAGUUGAAUAUUCAAUCUCUUUUUAUCA